AUGUGCUUCGCCGUUGUCACAAUGGGCAUCAUGCAGGAUUGCGGCCAUCGCCAACUUGUGGCUGACGCUUCUUCCUGCGAGGAGGCUGACGAGAGUGGCGCCUGGUGCCCCUCGUACCAGUGGGAAUGGAGUCGCGACCCUGAUGGUCUGCUGUACCCCAGUGGCAUUUGUAAUCGCUGUCAGGCAUCCGGAGGCAUCAUCUUCGAUGGCCGCAACGAGACCAUACCUGCGCAUGCCAAUACAAGGGAGGGAAGCGUCACAAUGGAGGAUAGUAGUAGCGACAGCAACGAAGAGGAAACGUCGUGGAUUCGGGAGCGAUGGAGAAGAUUGCGACAUGCGUUCCGGGCCAGCGAAUGGGACAAGGUGCGGGAGGGGCCUGAUUCUGGGAGAGGCAGAGGGUUUGCAAGCCGUCAAUAUCUGGGACAAGGCGCCAAUCGGUCUUGUACGAGGGGGACGAUGAUGAACAAACGCCUCGAGGCUGACAACGGCCUAUUGGUGCGAUCCUCCACCACCGACGCCGAGCCCCUGACUUGGAAGUUUCAACGGCAGCGGCAAGUUGUGGCGGCGCCUCGUGAAGAACGCACCACGCAAUGGCUUGCGAAGGCUAGCUGCGGUAUCACAGGCUUGGCCAUCGUGAAAGGAAGCGGCUUGCGUGAAGAGAGUCAGAGAAGGUAUCAAGCCAAGAUCGUUAUCGAUCUCAUGAUCGUCAGGCUGCGAUGCCUGGGUGAUGCCGGCCCAAGCCAGAUGGGGCAGCAGCUGAAGCGUGGCGAUCAGGAUCCCGGGGUAACGUCGCUGAUGGUGUGCGAGUGUCGACUGCCGAGCGCCAAAAAGCAGAGAAGAAGCCCGCAAUUAGCACAAGGCGACAGCGACCGCUUCGGCGCUGAAGCAGUCAUGGGGGAGAGGAGGUGA